GAAGCGAAUGGUUUAAAAUGGGAUUUUUCUUAUUGCUGGUUAUUGCACUCUUUAGCCUUCUCUUCUGGCUAUACCAGAUCAACAAGCACUAUGUUGUCUUGGCGUUCUUUGCACCUCGAGUGAGAACCAAGGAUGGUCGUCCUGUGGAGAGCAUUGCUCCUGUGGCCAAGGGCAAAACAAUCUUUGGCAACUCCUUUGACAUGUAUGGAAAAAGCCAUGCGGAACUCUUUCAGGAAAACCGCGCUAAUGCAAAAAUUGGCAUCAGCUAUUUGAAAUAUUCAUUUGGUAUUCCCAUUUACAACAUUAUUGAUGCAGAGAAUGCCGAGUUGAUAUUGAACGAUCAAAACUUGAUAUCCAAAGCACCGUCAUAUGACUUUCUGCAUCCAGCACUACGCACUGGAUUGCUCACAUCUACAGAUAAGAAAUGGCACAGUCGACGCAAGAUGCUAACGCCUUCAUUUCAUUUUAAUAUCUUGGAACAGUUUGGGGAGAUUUUCAAAGCUGAAAGUCUAAAGUUUAUCCAACAUUUUCUGGGUCAAUCCGAGACUCUUAUCUCUCUCAGCGAGUUGAUUUCAAGAUUCACACUCAACAGCAUUUGUGAGACUGCGAUGGGCGUCAAGCUGGAUGAUAUGGCCGAGAAGGGAGAUCUUUAUCGACAGAACUUUGCCAUGAUUGAAAAGUGCUUCAUCAAACGUGUAAGUAAUCCGUUUUAUUGGAACAAAACAAUGUAUGAGUUGCUUGGAGCAAAGGAAGAUGCUCCUGCACUUAAAGUGGUCCACGAUUUCUCCAGUGAAAUUAUUGCCAAGCGUCGUUUACUUCUCAAAGAGGAGUUGCAAAAUCGUCAAAGUUCCCGAUCGGCAGAUGAUGAUAUUUACAUCAAUAAGAAACAACGCUUCGCCAUGCUGGACACUCUGAUCUUUGCCGAGAAGGAUGGUCUAAUUGAUCACGAGGGUAUUUGCGAGGAGGUGGAUACCCUAAUGUUUGAGGGCUUUGAUACCACAUCCAGUGGUCUUAUAUUUGGUCUGAUGAACAUGUCUCUUUAUGCCGAUAAGCAGGAGCUUUGUUUCCAGGAAAUCUCCGAUCUCAUAGAUGAUGCGUUCAGCAACCUGAACAUCAGUCAGAUAUCGAAGCUUAAAUAUUUAGAUUGCUUUGUGAAGGAAACGAUGCGUAUGUUUCCCUCGGUGCCGGGUUUUGGUCGUCAAACGGUUCGGGAGACGGAACUGGCCAACGGUCUCAUUCUUCCUGCCCAUUCUCAGAUUAACCUGUUUUCCUUUGACAUUCAUCGGAAUCCGAAAUACUGGGAUUCCCCAGACGAGUUCCGACCAGAACGUUUUCUACCAGAAAACUCUAAGGAUCGUCACACAUAUUCUUUUAUACCGUUUAGUGCGGGACAACGCAAUUGCAUAGGUCAAAAGUAUGCCAUGCUAGAGAUGAAGACUCUACUGAUCGUUGUGCUCAAGCAGUUUAAAAUUCUUCCCGUCGUUGAUCCCAAUGAAUUCGUCUUUAACGCGGGCCUCACACUACGUACCAAUAACAAUAUUAAAGUGAGGCUAAUAAGGCGUAAAUAAUAGAUAAACAUAAUAUCGUACUUUAGGCUAUUUCUCUUUAUCAAAAUGCGCUUUAAUCUGUAGACAGCUUAUUAGAUGUUGUAAGAAAGAUCAAGGAAUCUAAAAAUCUGCUGAAACUUAAAACUUUAAGCUUAAUAAAUAAAUUUUAAAGUAAAAGAGACAGAA